UUUGUAGUGCAACAGCUUUUUUUUUUUUUUUCAAUCACUAUCAUUACGCUUAACUUUAAUCAUGGGUUGGUUCGGAAGUCUCGACCUUGCGUGGAAGCUCACAACGGUGUUUGCCUGUUUAUUGGUAGCCACUCUAGCAGCAGGUUUCAUAAAACUUGCUAUAGACAGGAGAAAGAUGAAUCAGCUUCUGGCGAAGAAGGCUGCAGACCUUGAGCAAAACAACGACCAACAUGGCCUGUCCGAGAAAGUAAAAGAGGAGGGCGACCUCUUCGGCAUCCGAGCACUGGAAGCUGGAUUUUAUGGCGGCAUAGCUCAGUCUCGCCCAGGCACGCCGCUUGUCUCUGCUGCCAACACACCGAAACUCAUCUCGCCCGCAACCAGCGUUCUUGACCUGAGCGAGUCGCAACCGUCCUCUUCUUCCAACUCCAUCAAGAACCCGUCAUCAUCGUCAAGAUGUCUUACACCAAAGAUGACACUGGACCCUUCAGACGCGGAGCGUAUCGGCAGAGUGAACCACAACACUGUCAACAUGAGCCUUACGGUCCCGCCAUCACCCAAGCCAUCCGCACAAUCUGGCAACGAAGGUGCCUCGCCGGCCAUGUCUCAGGCCACAAAGACUCCGGUUUUUGCGCACAAGGGAACCGAGUCCCCAGAAAUUCUCGAGCCAAAAGCGUACGUCCCAUACUCUCCUCCGCGAAUUCCUGUAAUGGACGCUAUCUCACACACGUCAUGGCGACCUGCAGGAAUUAACGGAGAGGGUAUCAACACCACAUCCGUGGUAGUCUCCAAAAACUAUACCCCCGACGCCACACCAAUAAAUAGCGAACCUUCUUCUCCCAUCAUGCCUUUCCCUGCCAAGCUUAGUGAGGCUUCCAUAUUACGCCGCUCCAAGAUGCAACCGUGCCCAACAUUGCCAACCGAGCGAGUUUUCAAAGAUGAAGGAGAUUCUCAGCCCAUUGAUACUGUUCGUUCGGAAAGCUACGACAUGCCUGCUGUCGACCAUAAUGAUUAUGCCCUCAAACACCAAAACUACCGACAUGCGCAAACCUGUGACAUCAGCAAGACCGAGAGUUUGUACAGCACCGACUCCCAGCGUAUCAGCACAGUGUUUCGCCAAUCGUCUGUCUCCAGUUUUUCACUGUCGCUUGAUAGCAGUUUCGAUAGCUUCGAUAGCGAAAUUUCUCCUGCCGCCAGUCCGAUAAGUCGGCGCCUCACUUUUGGGGAUAGCCUUGAUGGCGUACCAGACUUUGGCAAUGAUCCGAUCCUCAGCGAUUUCUACGAUGCGUACUAUCGCAACUCGAUCGGCCCUGUGCAGAACUUGGAGAUGGCGUAUGUACCGGACAAGUUGCACGUGCCGAGACAUUCGACGAUCUUCGAGGUGCCGACGCCUUUGGCAAGCCCUCUCAUGAGCCCGGACCCGCAGCAUGAUCCUUCAGGCUCACGAUUCACCGGUGUGGGCCUUGCUCGAUAGUGAUAUGAGGCGGCUGUACGAUGUGAAGCGUUAUAGCGGCAGAUUUGGCAAAGUUGUGUCGUUGAUGAGCGAGUGUUUUGUUUGAAAAGCCGUCGGCCACUGGAGAGUAUCAUCUGUAAUGGGUGGGAUUUGGUUGGCGAAACCGCAGGCCGUUAAUAAUUCAUGCUGUGCUAUAGACGCAAUGGCACAAGUCAGAGGGUAAUUCUAAUCACGUUUCAUUGUAAUUCGAUAGUCUUGGAUGGAUCAAUGGCAAGGCUAAGAAGGACGAAG